ACUGCACCUGUUUCCCGGGUUACAAAACCCGUGAAUACUGAGAAGCUCAACAAAUUUUCAGAUAUUCUUCUUCUUCAGAGAAGACUAUGGCUGGUAAAAUUGCGAUUUGUUCGUCAGUGUUAGUGUUUUUGUUCUUUCUCCUUCUGGCACCCCUUUCUCAAAUCUCUGCUCACGAAUCGGAGACUCAGGAGUUCGUUCUCACAUUGGAUCACUCCAACUUUUCCGACACCGUCAAGAAGCAUAAUCUAAUCGUCGUCGUGUUCUACGCACCAAGGUGUGACCGCAGUAAGAAGCUUGCACCGGAGUAUGAAAAAGCUGCUUCUAUUCUGAGUAGUUAUGAUCCAGCGGUUGUUUUGGCUAAAAUUGACGCGGAUGAUGAGAAGAACAAAGACCUUGCUACAGAAUUUGAAGUUAGGGCUUACCCAACAAUUAGGAUCCUGAGAAAUGGGGGAAAGAAUGUUCAAGAAUACAAAGGUCCCCGUGAAGCAGAUGGCAUCGCUGAGUAUCUGAAGAAACAAAGUGGUCCUGCUUCAGCUGAAAUUAAAUCUGUAGAUGAUGCUACCGCAGUUAUUGGUGAAAAUAAAGUUGCUAUUGUUGGAGUGUUUCCGAAAUUUUCUGGGGAGGAGUUUGAUAACUUCACUGCGUUAUCAGAAAAGUUACGUGCUGACUAUGACUUUGGUCACACUCUGAAUGCCAAACACCUUCCAAGAGGAGAAUCAUCAGUUGCUGGGCCCAUAGUAAGGUUAUUCAAGCCAUUUGACGAACUUUUCGUUGACUUUCAGGAUUUUCAUGUGGAAGCUCUAGAGAAAUUUGUCGAAGAAUCUAGUGUGCCUGUUGUGACUGUCUUUAACAGUGAACUGAGAAAUCACCCUUUUAUUGCCAAAUUCUUCAAUAGUCCCAAUACGAAGGUAAUGUUGUUUAUCAACUUCACUGCUGAAGGUGCUGAAACUUUCAAAUCAAAAUACCGAGAAACUGCCGAGCAAUAUAGACAACCAGGUGUAAGCUUUCUGGUGGGAGAUGUCAGGUCUACUACAGGUUCUUUCCAGUAUUUCGGAGUGAGGGAAGACCAAGUACCUCUAAUUUUGGUACAACGUAAUGAUGGGAAGAAAUUUCUUAAACCCAAUUUGGAACCUGAUCAAAUUUCAACUUGGUUCAAGGCAUACAAGGAUGGAAAUAUUGCACCAUAUUUUAAGUCCGAACCUAUUCCUGAAGCUAACAACGAACCUGUUAAAGUGGUAGUUGGGGACAGUCUCCAGGACAUAGUCUUCAACUCUGGGAAGAAUGUUCUGCUGGAGUUUUAUUCUCCCUGGUGUAUUUAUUGCACAGAGUUGGCUCCAACAUUGGAGGAAGUUGCUGUCUCAUAUCAAAGUGAUGCUGAUGUUAUUAUUGCAAAACUGGAUGGAGUUGCCAACGAUAUCUCAAGUGAUUCCUUUGAAGCCAAACGUUAUCCAACAGUGUACUUCAGGUCAGCAAGUGGAAAGAUAUCAAAAUACAGUGGCAAUAGGUCCAAGGAAGACAUCAUAGAAUUCAUCGAAAAGAAUCGGGAUAAACAUGCUCAUCAAGAACAAGCAAAGGGUGACAAAGAAAAAGGAAAAGAUGAGCUUUGAAAGGUAAGAGUAGGUACAGCAUUAGUUAUCCAUUUACUUUGCAAUGCUAUAAAAACUCUUCCAAACUUUCUAUGCAUAUUUUGAUUUAGUCUCUCCUUUGCUGGAAGGGAGUUGUUCAUCGUGGUAGAUAAGAUCACACAAGUGCCACUCUAUCUUCCUUUGCUCGCCUUUAAUGUUUUUCGGGUUUUGUAUGUUUUACAUAAGAAAACGGGAACCUUUGUUUGUCGGAA